AUGGUAGUAACUUUUACUCCACCCUAUAUACUGCACUGCAUGUGUGCCAUAGAGGCAUUUCAUACAGCUUGUAUGUGCAAAGUGAGAAUCUCUGAAGGUCUGUCCUCACAAAGACGUGGAGACUCUCCAUGUGGGUUGUUUCAAUCUAGUCUAUUUCUGAUGCCUUCCCACGUCUGUUAGAAUAGAGUCAAACGCAUACCAAUCCAAUAGUUGGAUUUCCUCUCGAGGCUUCAAAAAUCCGUUUUCCUCUGAAGUAAAAGGAAGCUGGGGACAACUGAACUUUAUGCGACAAGGGAGAAAUAUCAUGAAACUAAUACCUGGAAUGUGAGGUCUACUCUGGAAUUAAUGUUUACCUAUAUCCUAGGUAUGCACAUAAUUACCAUCCCCAAAACCAAUUGUCAAGGGCGUAUUAUUCUAUCACUAUUUACAAGAGACAUCAAGCAAAAUGGGUGGCAUAAAUUCUUUCUAUUCAUUCGUGGCUUAUCUUUGAUGAACAUUUACAUAAACAACAUUAUCUGAAAAUGAUGGGCAAAACAUUACAGUCUAGAAUUGUGUUUAUUUUUCUCGUAUAAUGUACUCUGUGCAUGACAAUUCAUUGACACAUCGAUAGAAAAAAAACUGGAGCGCAGAACGUUAUAGGAUCUUCCAUCCUCUGUUACACAGUCACCAAUUUCUUUUGAUUUGUGCACCUAGUUGUUACUGUAGCUUCCAUUUUCUCACUUUUUCUUGGUAGUAACAUUAUUUGUUUUUUUUUCUCUUUAUCUUGUAGGUGGAAGGACGAAUUUGUUUGUCAAGAGAGGUUAAGAAUGCCUUAAAUAUUCUGAAGCAAAAAAGGAUCAAUAAAUCAAAACUGGAUGUGAAACAGGGAGGAGAUUCUGGCGUAAGGAUGAUGAGAAAUGCUGCAGAUGCUCUGAAAGUCUCUGCUUCUUAUGCAACUGAUCUGCAAAGCAGUGCAAAUGGAUUCUCUCAUAGUAGCAGUGCUUUAAGUGAAACUAAUGUUCUGGCAAAGCAUAAAACUGGAAAGUCCAUCUCUACUAUAGAAUGGAUUGACAGAAUCCCCGAAUGUCCCAUUUAUUAUCCUACAAAGGAGGAAUUUGAGGAUCCUCUGAUUUAUUUGCAACAAAUUGCCCCUGUAGCUUCAAAAUUUGGUAAUAUCCUAAUGUUUACUUUUUAGAAGCAGUAUCUCAUGUUUUUGUCUCUCUUGAAUAUUUUGAAUUAAUACCAUGACUAGGUCACUCCCCUUUUUCACAUUUGAUGUGGCCAUUUAUUGAUUUAAACGAGGUUUUUUCUGUUAUCCUUUGUCUUCUGAUUUAUUGGAGUUAAGUCUAAUUUUAUGCUUUCUAAUGAAUUUUAAAUCAAUUUAUUUUGUGGGAUCUGUUUCUCUAAUUGAGUAACCUUAUGCUUCCACUUCCUCCCUAGGAAACGAGAAAAUUACUUUGUAGAAUAUCUCAAAAAUGGUUUUAAAGGCGUUAGUUUGACAUACCUAUGGCAACAAGUCGAUGUAACAGGGGCAGGGCGCUUAUGUCUCUAGCCUCGCGUGUCUCUAAGUGUUCCCUUCAGUCACCUUGUCUAUGGGGAAUCUUAUUUCUCUCUUUGGUGCUUUGUAAAACUUUUGUAAGGGAGGUAAACGUCCGUAUUAUUCAAGAAAACUCUAAAGUCACAAAGGAAAAGCAUAACAUUUAUCACAUCGUUAUCUAGUGAAAGUAGUCAAAAGGUUCUAUGUUAUGAUGGCAUGCCACUUAUUGUUUUGCUCAAGAAUCUUACAAGUUCAAGUCCAAAAUAUUUUCCUUAUCACCAUCAGCACUCAUCAAGUGACAGAUUAUGAAAGUAUGAUUAUGAAGAUUCCAGCUUUUAUAAAAUUGUUGCAUUAUAAUUUCUUCAACAGGUUAAUAUAUUUUCCUUUUGGUUAAAUGAUGACUUAAUACGUUGUAAGAUAAAUCCAAUGACCAUCGCAUCUAAGAUAGUGAUAGAACAUGUGGUGAUGCCUCACAAGUAUGGUGACUAUUUUUCUCCUUUCAAUGCAUGUCGAAUGGACAUGACUGAUGGUAAGUCAAAUUAUCUUUAUAUGAAACGGUCAUGGUAAUAGUAGUUUACGUAUGAAUCGUUUUCACUAGAAUAAGUUAACAUUGGUUUGAGUGGCAUAUGUCCUGCAUUGUUUUGUAAGCACCAAGGCAGUACACGACUACGUUUCUCAUGCUAGCCACUUAUUAUGACCUGAAGUAGCUAUUUUGUUUUUCAACUCUCUUUUUUACAUUUACAGAGAUUUACCAAAAUUGAUGUCAUUUUAGGUAUCUGCAAGAUAGUAUCCCCUUUGAGUGCUUCAGUACCAGCUGGUGUUGUAUUGAUGAAAGAGAAAGCUGGAUUCAAGUUUACCACGAGGGUGCAGCCACUUCGACUUGCAGAGUGGAAUAUAGAUGAUAGGGUCACAUUUUUUAUGAGCGGAAAGUAAGUGCUCGGUCUCACACCGGAAAAAGGGCAGUAUUUUGUUUACAAAUUGACUAGAACAUCUUAUAUUUAUUUAUAUGACUUUUCAGAAAGUAUACAUUCCGUGACUUUGAGAAAAUGGCCAACAAGGAGUUUUCCAGAAGAUAUGCUAGUGCAGGAUGUCUUCCUGCAAAAUAUUUGGAGCAGGAAUUUUGGCAUGAAAUAGCUCGUGGGAAGUCAGAUUAUGUUGAAUAUGCAUGUGAUAUUGAUGGCAGUGCCUUCUCAUCAUCUGCUAAUGACCAGCUGGGGAAAAGCAAAUGGAACCUUCAGGUAGUUUUUUCGCAGGAUUGUGAGGUUAACAUCUGAAAUACUGAUUAUGAACAAGUGUGUUUCACGCUGUUACCUUCUAUCUGAGUAGAAUCAUAAGAAGGUUCAUGUAUUUCUUUCUUUCGCAUACACCGUCCAAAAUUUAUCGAUCUUUUGUUUUUCUCAGUUUGAGAUGAUCUUAUCUUUCUUAUGGUCUUCUUUCCUUGUUUAUGAACUAAUUUCUGCUAGUAACUUCGUCGUCUGUUUCUUUGCUUUACGACCAGACAUUUUCGCGGUUGCCCAACUCCAUACUAAGACUCCUGGAAAGAGCAAUACCGGUCGGGCAUUUUUAUUCUUUUUUAUUUUUAUCUGCUGAGAUCCCACAUCCUUGAAUUUCCAUUCUCAAACUGGGAUGCUCUUGUCGUUGCAGGGGGUGACUGAUCCCAUGCUUUACAUAGGGAUGCUAUUCAGCAUGUUUGCUUGGCACGUGGAGGAUCACUAUCUCUACAGGUAUGAUAAUUCUCUGCCAUUGCGCUUGACUUUCUGCAUGAUUCACUCUCGCAUUCGUGGCAUUCAAUUCUUCCUUGCCUGGCAGCAUCAACUAUCAUCACUGUGGAGCGUCAAAAACUUGGUACGGGAUUCCUGGGCAAGCCGCUGCUGACUUUGAGAAGGUUGUGCGGCAGCAUAUCUACACCCGCGAAAUUCUGUCGACAGACAGAGAGGACGCCGCAUUCAAUAUCCUGACAGGGAAAACGACCAUGUUUCCGCCGAGUGUUCUGGUGGAAGACGGUGUUCCCGUCUACAAAGCUGUGCAGAGACCUGGAGAAUUUGUGAUUACCUUUCCAAGGGCGUAUCAUGCGGGUUUCAGUCAUGGUGAGAUUCACUCUGCCAUCCCCUACCACUCCUUGUUGCGCACCCUGGGCAUGGACAAUAACUAACACCUUUCUGAACGGGGGAUUGAACUCCACCCACCCGCUGUCUGCCUCCAUCAAACUCAGGUUUCAACUGUGGCGAGGCGGUCAACUUUGCAGUGGGUGAUUGGUUCCCCUUGGGGGCAGUGGCGAGUCAACGCUACGCUGUUCUCAACAGGGUUCCUCUUCUCCCCCACGAGGAACUUCUCUGCAGCGAAGCAAUGCUUCUUUACUGGCGAUCAUCCGAUGCCACAGGCCCGUCUUUUUCUGUGGCGCAUUUGCCUUCUUCUACCCACGGCAUCAGAGCUUCCUUUGUGCAAUUAAUCCAUCUUCAGCAGCGUGCUCGCCGGUCACUGAUGAACUCAGGAGCGAGAGCUGCCCACUCCCCAGAUUCUCAUGGAACCAUUCUCUGUGGGAUCUGUAAGAGAGACUGCUACAUAGCCUACGUGUCAUGCAAUUGCCACCCGGAUCCUAUUUGUCUUCGGCAUGGUACAGGUCUUUCUACCCCUCUCGCAGAAGCCUCGCCUCCCUGCUCGUGGUUCUUACUGUACAUCCUCCGAUCAAUUAUUUCUCUAAUUCUGUGGGAUCUAACUUAGAGACGGAGACGAGCAGCUGCCCCUGCGGACCAGAACGCGUCGUCUUCUCCAGGGAGAACAUCUUAGAAAUGGAAGCUGCGGCUCGAUCGUUUGAGCAGGCUGGCGGAGCUCCAGGGGACGAUCUUUGCCUGCAGAACCCCAGUGGAGAUGGAGAUGGAGAUGCCCCCCACUGUUGUGGCAUAGCCGUCAACCUGGUCAACCCUGAAGAAAGCUCAUACUGUAAGAAUGUAAGUUCUACGAUCACUGAAGUGGAGAAACCGGUGGUGUUCAUCAGCCAUCUAUCUGCUCUUCAUUUUUCUUGUAAUCAUCUUGCAGGAAUCGCUCGGUGGUUCUGGAAUCUCCUCCGCCGCCUCCGCCGCUGCUGCGCCGCCGUACGAUGACGACUCCGACUGUGAGAUAUUCAGAGUGAAGCGGAGGUCCAUCUUCAGGGUAGAGAGGAAACGCUCCUUCCCCGUAGCAGCAAGCUCAAAGCUCCAUGGCGAUCGGGUAAACUUUCAGUUUAGAGUCAGAUCAUAUGGUCGCCUCUCUCUCUCUCUGAUCUUCAGCGCGAUCUUCUGAGGUUGCUUUUCAUGCGCUACCAGGGCUUGAAGCGUCUGAGGAGGUCAGACUUCUCCGGCGAAGCGCCGCCGUGGAACCGCCGCGCCUCCGCCGCCGCCGUGCCGCCGGCCAUCCGGAUUUCUUCUAACCACGGUAACGAGCGAAGAUUGGAGAGGGGUUGA